AUGUCGAUAGGUAUACAAACCAGGGAGCAACUCCUCCAGCAACUCGGUCAUGCCCUCAACCGCGGCAAAGUCCCCGCAACAUUCUGGGCAUGUCUGAAAGUUUCCGACAUCGACGCCUUGAAGACUCUUGUCAAGGAAGCAACCGCUGCACCACGCCUUUUUCGGCUUCUGUUUGACACUAGCCUCCUGUUGCCGCGCCUUUGGAUGCAGGGGAAACUCAAGGACAGAGGACUAGGAGCGGAGGUAGAAAGAUCGUUGCCAUCGGAAACAUGGAAUGAUCUAUAUUCUGAGGAUGAAUCGUGCUCUGAGGAUGAGUCGUGCUUCGGGGAUUAG